AUGACUAACGAUUUAUCUGGAAGCCCAUAUGUGGAAAACAGAUUUGAUGUUGCUUUUGAAGGAGUUUGUAGUCUUAGAGAUAUUGAGACAUCGAAGGCAAUAGCGAGUCCUAUCAGCAAAGAAAAAAUCUCAAAUAAUAUGCGAGAGUUGAAGUCCAAACUUAGGGGAAAUUCAUCUCAGCUUGCUGUAGAAUUACGCCAAUUAUUAAAUAAUGUAAAUAAUGAUGACUUAACAUGGCAAAAUCCACUCACCAGUCAGGUAAUCAGUGAUGAUUCUGAUUUGGUGCAAAGUCUAACGCCAUCUGCAUGUCAAACUUUUACGAAACCAGCCCAACAUAUGCAAGCAACACUUCCAUCAAUUAUUCAAGAAAAGUGCAAUUCUUUUGUAGAACAUUUCAGUAUUGAGAAUAUUGAUGAAUUUCCAGAAAAGUUGACAAAUACCAGCAUUUGGAAGGAGACAGAUGAUGUUUUAGUGCAAAUUAUGAAAGAAAUCCUAGAUAUAUUCUCUCAGAGUGAAGGAACAUACGUAACGGAUGUAAUUGUUCCUAUUAUCCAUUCUACACUGAAAAGGCUCCCAAUUGGAAAGUCUGCUUUUAUUAGCAUUGCCGAAUGUCAGAGUAUGGCUAGUGCAGACAGAAGAGGAAAACAAGGAAAAAGACCAGAUGUCAUGUAUAUGGUAGAAUGUGAUA